AUGCUGAGACGCGUCGCGAGGGACGCGGCGUCCGCACUCGCGUCGCACUCGCGUCGCACCCAUCCCAUCGCCCCGUCGCGCGCGACGCCCCGUCAUCACGACGAGCUCGUGCGAUCCUCGUGCACUGUUUUGGAAGGGUCCAAACUCUCCAUUGAAUGUCGUCGGUGGUUCGCGAAGACGUCGAGGCGACCGGCUCGACGGGUGAGCGGUCCGAACGGCCGGGGCCCCGCGUCGUCGUCGUCGUCGUCGCCCGCGGGCCAUCCCGGGGCCCUGCAACCCACGGGCGGCGGCGCGGCGUGGACGGAAGUGAUGGAUCCGAGCACCGGGCGAACGUACUGGUGGAACAAGGCCACGGGGCAGACCACGGCGCUGGGUGAUCCCAAGCCGGAUACGUUUCGUUUGCCGGAGUCGAGCCCGGGUAACGCGCUCACGCGACCCUUCGACGUGCACGGGCGACCGACGAUCGGGCUCGCGAUGGGUCAGAUGGUGGUGUUCGGGUUCGGGGGCGCGCUGGGGGUGACGUUCGUGAGCGCGGUGAUCGCGUGGGUGACGGGCGGCGCGGCGGGGAUGGAGGGAAAGAUGACGGCGGCGACGGAGGAGGAGGCGACGGAGGAGGCGGCUUUGGCUGGCAAAGUAGAUUAG